UAUUGUAAAUUUGUUACAGCUUGUUUUAAAUAUUAUAAAUAUAAUAGUUAUAAUGUAACUUUGCAUUACAAGUUUCCAUUUCAUUUUCAAGGUAUAGACGGACAAUUGGCACAUGGACCCGAUUCUGUGAUCUCCAUGUUGGACCACGCCUUUGGUACAUUUUGUCACCAGGGAAGAGAUUGCACAAUACAUGCUGAUAAUUGUUUUGGUCAAAAUAAAAACCGCUACGUGAUUGCCUACCUCUCAUGGAGAACUAUGACGAACAGACACGAUAAUAUCAAAUAUAUGAUGCAGUUACCUGGCCAUACUAGAUGUUUGAUUGACGCCGGUUUUGGCAGAAUUAAACAGAGGUAUCGUAGGGAGGAUGUUGAUACGCUUCAACACGUAGCGGAUGUUGUUGAUCUGUCAUCCUGUAGCAACGUCUCAGUUGUGUAUGGUAGGGAUACAUGGAAAUGGAGGCAGUGGAAGGCUUUCUUCGGCGACAGAUAUAAAAAAGUUCCGAAUAUAUCCAAGUACCACUACUUCCGGUUCACUUCAACAGACCCCGGAGCCGUAUUUAUGAAAAUGUCUGCGGUUGACACAGAGGAGACAAGGUUUGUCGUCUGUAAAACAAACCUUCUUGCUAUGGAUUCAUACGACAUUCCCCAAGAAAUAAUGCCAGCUGGACUUAGCCGAGAGCGACAGCGCAACCUUUACAGCCAGGUUCGCCCGCUUGUGAGACUUCAGUUUCAGGAAGAAUUCUGUGCAGCACCAGCUCAAGAAUAGCGGACAUGUGGAAAGCAAUGUCUUUAAAUGGUUGCUUUCUAACGCUAGACGUUUGUCGUCUCGUGAACAAAGUGUUUACAAAUGUGUAAAAAUGAGUUUUUUAAUUUGGUUAUAUAUCGUCAUGGUAAUAAACAGUGUAAACUUGAAAAUUAAAGUUCAUACAGAAAUACCGGAUGACGGACUUCUUUCACUGCCGUUACCAUGGGAACGGAUAGAUAUGUGUGCUAUUUCAGAUAUGUUGCUUGUUAUAACGGACGGCAUUUAAUGAUUUAUUUUUCUAAACAAAACUGUUUUGAAUCUGAUUUCUAUAUGUUACUUUAAAUUUUAUGUAAAUAAUUCCUUUUCACUACCGUUGUAUGCUACUGAUGUUACUAAGUUUACAUAGAAAACUACUUUUCUUUUAAUCGUAACAAAU